AUGGCAUCAGAAAUCACCUACGCUGAGGUGAAGUUCAAGAAUGCAUCACCAGCUGCACUGGUUGAAGUACCUCCUGAGAUGAAGAAGCAUGAGCACGAUUCCCAGAAAUACCCCCCAUGGCUCCCAUGGCUGAUCUCACUGCUGUUCUUCUUGGUGUGCAUUGCCCUUGUUACUGCUCUCCUUGGUGAGUAUGUGCAGGUUGUCGCUCCCUGCUCCCGUGGCGGUGACCGGCCCACAGCCCUGCAGCAGAGAUUCGCGGAGUGGCAGUGUGUGGUGCCGCAAGGCAAAGAGCGAGGCUGGGCGUGCUGCCCGACGGGCUGGAAACGCUUUCAAAAAAGCUGCUAUUAUCUGUCGGAUGAUAUGAUGGGCUGGGCUGAGAGUGAGCAGAACUGCAGUGGGAUGGGCUCCCGCCUGGUGGUGGUCAACAGCGAAGCAGAGCAGGCUUUCCUCUCGAAGGAGCUACAGCUGUCUUCAAGAGGAGAGAAUUACUACAUCGGUCUGAGGGCACAGGUGGUGGGCCAGUGGCACUGGGUGGACCAGACUCCGUAUAAUGUGACGGCGGCGUUCUGGCGGAAAUACGAACCAAGUAAUAAGGAUGAUCAGAAGUGUGUUGUAAUCCAUCGGAUUUCAGGACUAUACAGCUGGAAUGAUGUCAAAU